AUGCAUUUUAUUCUGUGCGUUUCUGUAUUACUGAGCAUAGUCUGGCUACUAGCAGGUGCUAUUGAGCCCAAAUGCAAAAUCCGUGACAAAUUUGAUCUAUAUGGGCUAUAUAAAGAUGGGGACAUUCUUUUUGGAGGAAUAUUUGAAAUUCACUUUACAACAAUAUAUCCUGAAUUGUCUUUUCAUUCUAAACCAGCACAGUUGAGCUGUGAGGGUUUUGAUUUUGCAGGAUUUCAGUGGGCACAGACCAUGGCUUUUGCUAUUGAGGAAAUCAACAGAGACCCUGCUCUUCUCCCUAACAUCACACUGGGAUACAGGCUGUAUGACAACUGUGUGAAGCUGGCAGUGGCUUUUCGAGCAGCAACAGCUCUGAUCAGCGGAGAGGAUGAUUCUGUCACUGACUACAGCUGUACAGGGACUCCCCCUGUCUUAGCCAUUGUUGGGGAUCCUGGUUCUACACAUUCUAUUGCCAUAUCAAGAAUGCUGGGCCUCUUCCGGGUUCCAAUGGUCAGUUACUACGCCACAUGCUCUUGCUUGAGCAAUAAAGAGGCACACCCUUCUUUCUUCAGAACAAUCCCAAAUGACAAUUUUCAAGUCAAGGCCAUGGUUCAAAUCCUCAGGCAUUACGGAUGGACCUGGGUGGGAGCCAUAGCGAGCAACGACGACUACGGGCUGUUUGCUGUCAAGACUUUCAUCGAGGAGGUAAACAAGUUCGGCUGCAUAGCUUUCUCAGAAAUCUUGCCUCGCAACAACGACAGAUCUGAAAUUCUCAAAAUUGUUGACACUAUCAAAGAGUCGACGGCCAGAGUUAUUGUCAUAUUUUCCACAGAAGCCUAUAUUUUUCCUCUGGCUGAGGAGCUAGUUCACCAAAAUAUCAGGGGCAGGCAGUGGAUUGCAAGUGAAGCCUGGACCACCUCCACUGUCUUCCAGACCAAGGAAUUGCUGCCCUACUUCGGCGGGACACUAGGAAUCGCCAUCCGCAGGGGAGAAAUCCCAGGACUGGAGCAAUAUCUCCUAAAGGUUCACCCCGUCUUUGAUCCCAGCAACAAUUUAGUCAUCAAGUACUGGGAAGCGCUCUUUGAUUGCACAUUUACAGAGAAAACAGCUGAGCGCAAUUCGUCCAAUGUGAAAAAGAAAUGUACUGGGGCAGAAGAUGUUUUAAGCAAGAAAAACGAAUACAGUGAUGUUUCAGAACUGCGUGCAACUUACAAUGUGUAUAAAGCAGUGUACGCCUUGGCACACUCCCUGCACAAUCUGAUGUCCUGUGAGCCUGGAAAAGGGCCCUUUCAGAAUAACUCCUGUGCAGACAUCACAACUGUGCAGCCCUGGCAGUUGCUGCACUACCUGGCGAGAGUGAACUUCACUACUCACUAUGGAGACAGGGUGUCCUUCGAUGAGAACGGAGAUGCUCUUGCAAUCUAUGAUGUGAUGAACUGGCAGAGGGCCGAUGACGGGGCUGUGAAAACAGUAACAAUCGGUCUGUUUGAUGAAUCAGCUCCUGCUGGACAAGAGCUUACUCUGAAUGAAGAUAACAUCUUUUGGAAUUUUGAAUCUAACAAUCCCCCCAGGUCUGUGUGCAGUGAAAGCUGUCAGCCUGGCACCAGGAAGGCAACCAGGAAAGGGGAGCCCCUCUGCUGUUUCGACUGUGUGCCUUGUGCAGAGGGAGAGAUCAGCAACCACACAGAUUCUAUUGAUUGUUUCAAAUGCCCCAUGGACUACUGGUCGAGCCCAGGCAGGGACCAGUGUGUGCUGAAGGAAAUUGAGUUCCUUUCCUAUCAUGACCCUCUGGGAAUCUCUUUAACCACCAUCUCAAUAUUCGGGGCCUGUACUUCGGUUGGAGUUCUAAUCAUUUUCUUUUAUUACAGGAACACCCCAGUUGUAAGAGCCAACAAUUCUGAACUGAGCUUCCUGCUGCUGCUUUCUCUGAUACUCUGCUUCCUCUGCUCAUUGCUGUUUAUUGGUCAGCCACAGCAUGUAACCUGUAUGUUGCGGCACAUUGUGUUUGGGAUCAGUUUUGUUUUGUGCAUAUCUUGCAUUCUUGUGAAAACCAUUGUUGUCAUCAUGGCCUUCAGAGCCACACUGCCAGACAAUAAUGUCAUGAAGUGGUUUGGUGCUGCUCAACAGAGAGGCACUGUUUUUGUCUUUACUGUCAUCCAGGCUCUGAUCUGUAUUGUGUGGCUAACUGUGGCCCCUCCUUUACCAUUUAAAAACACACAGUAUCAAAACUCAAAAAUAAUCUUUGAGUGUAAUGUUGGCUCAAUAACUGGAUUUAGUUUCCUGCUGGGGUACAUAGGCUUGCUAGCCAGUGUCUGUUUUCUGCUGGCUUUCCUUGCAAGGAACCUGCCUGAUAACUUCAAUGAAGCCAAGUUCAUCACUUUCAGCAUGCUCAUCUUCUGUGCAGUUUGGAUCGCUUUCAUACCAGCUUAUGUCAGCUCUCCUGGGAAAUACUCGGACGCUGUGGAGAUUUUUGCAAUCUUGGCUUCAAGCUUUGGUCUCCUCAUUGCAAUUUUUGCUCCAAAAUGUUACAUCAUUCUGCUUCAUCCUGAGAAAAACACCAAGAAAGCCCUCAUGGGCAGAGCAGCCCCUAAGGCAUAAAUGUAUAUACUACUGUAUGCUCAUAUAAUGUUAUGAUACUGUAUAGUGUUUGUUUUUCAACACACCCUUUUUAUUAAAACGAAAUGUGUAUUGCACAUACUGUAUAGUGUAAAGAGUUUAUGUCACUUGU